AUGUCGGACGCCGCGGAAGAUGUUGCGUUCAGCGAAGCCCUCGAGCGGUUCCGCAAGAACCUCACCAAAGACCAACGAGAACAGUUUGCUGGCUGCAACAAGAAAGAAGUCCAGAAGACGAUCGCCGAUAUACAGCAACGACACGGUUCCCAAAGACGACAGAAGAAUAUGAGGCGGGUGUCGAAAUUCAUUGAGGGUAUGUCCCAAUUGGGUCAGGUGAUAGAGGUUUUCCUCAACGUGGAUGUCACUGUGGCCUUCAUCUGGACUGCAAGCACCUGUGUCGAGACGUUGGAUCUAUUGCUGGACACGUAUGCAGAAAUCGGCGAGACUCUUCCUGGGCUUGCUCAAAUUGGCACACUCUUCAAAGAUUAUGACGAAGUCGGAAAACAACUCAAGAACUAUUAUUGUGAUGUGCUCGAGUUCAACAAGAGCGCGUUGGAGGUCUUUUCGCGACCUGCGUGGAAAACGGUUUUUCAUUCGACGUGGAAAACAUUUCAAACAGAGUUCAGGCCAAUUCUUUCCAAAUUCAAAAUGCAUCAAAAGCUCCUAUCGGAGGAGAAGCUGACUUCACUCAUGAGCGAGAUGCAACGCAUGAAAUGCGCGACAAGGGACAAUUUUCAACAGUUGAGAAAUGACAUGUCUGCAAUAAUUGCACGAGAUGAAGCCAAGAUUCUUGCAGAAACAGAGGAGAGACGGCGCGAGAAGCGUCGCAUGCUUCGCGACGAGCUCGGAUCUCCAGACUAUCAGCAAGACCAGGAGGAUAGCUUUGCUGUGCUCCGAGAAAGUUCAUCGGGAGAUUGGAUUGCAAACGAACCCAUUUUCAAAGAUUGGUCUGAUUUAUCAAGCACACAAUCCCCCUUGAUCUAUCUCAGUGGAAUACCAGGCGCAGGCAAAACCACUCUGGUGUCCGGCAUCGUGGAUCAUUUCCUUGAAUUGAAAAGAACGACUAAUCUAGGCGCAAGUCAGCUGUCGGUCGUGUACUUUUAUUUCAAAUACUCGUGUGACGACAAGCGCGAUUUGCAGAGAAUGAUGCGGAGCAUUCUCUCCCAGCUGGUCGACCAGGAUCCAAGUUUGCUCGAUUUCAUUUACAAAGAAAUGUGUAGUGGACUCAGCCUUUCAUCUGAUCGACUCAAAAAGUUGACAGAGACUGCAAUUCGCUCUCAACGGCUUUGCUUCCUCGUUGUUGAUGGGCUAGAUGAAUGUGCCAGACACGAAAAUUCAAACAUGAGCGAAGCUGUAAGAGUUCUCGAGUGGCUGAAAGGUCUCAAUGUACAUUCCUCCAGUGUGCAAAACAACAUUCGAAUCCUUGUCUCGGCUCAGAGGGAUGGCGUCAUUGAAGACAUGUUGAAGGAGUACCCUACAUUGCAGCUUGAAAAUAUGAAGCCACAUGAAAUCGACAUACAACGAUAUGUUAGAUCAAAAGCUCAAAAGAUCUGCCAGAGGUUCUCUGACAGCCAUGUCGCUGUUGAAAGCAAGAUUGUUGAAAAGAUCACCACUGCUUCCAAGGGUAUGUUUCUGUAUGCCAAGGUCGUUCUCGAUAAUCUCAUCGAGCAAAUGACUGUCUUGGACUUUGAAAUCGAGAUGGAAGACAAGAAUUUCCCGAAAAAGCUUGAGCAAGCUUAUGCCCGUGUCGUCGAGAGGGUUCUGAAAAACUCAAAAGAACAGGAAAGACAAAUCGCCGAGAAGAUUCUAGGUUGGGUGGUUUGUGCCUACAGACCUCUGCGAUGGAGGGAAAUUCAAAGCCUGUUUUGCAUUGACUCGAAAGCUGGGACCGCAGAUACGCGCCGCCGCCCCCUGAAGUCGUGCAAGUACUUCUGCAGCUCCCUCGUUGAUAUCACGGGAUGCAAGAACGAUUCGGAGGGCAACGAAGCCCGCAUUGAACUGGUACAUGUUUCUGCGAAACAAUACUUGAUCCAUACCCAAUCCAUCUGCCUCGCUUCCGAACAUGCAAAGAUGGCAUUGUUCAGUUCUCGCUACCUUCUAUCAAAGCCAUUUCAAUCGCAGGCAUUCGACGAGGUGCAGGGUUAUGCGUUGAGUGGGUACUAUAAUGUACAUGACUAUUUCGUUACAUCCUGGUGGCAUCACACGAACGAAAGCUUCAAGCACAUUUCGUCAUGCCCGGAGAAUAUUCUUUCAGAGAUGGUCAUUUCGCUGUCUAGAUAUCUUCGACAACAUUUCACGCAAUAUGUUGACGAGCAUGUGAUUCACUCAACUUCAGAUCAGACUUUUGCACAGUUUCGUCGGCUUCCAGUGGAUCAGCGAAGUCGUGAGGAGUCAGGAAGUCUCGGAGAGCGCACUCGAUCAGUCAGAGAAGCUCUCGAACUCGUAUGGAAGCUGGUACCACAGCAUCCAAACACAAAGAUCAGCACAGGUCUCCAGUUAUACGGGCCGAAACAUUAUAAAUGCCCUCACAGUUGGUGUCAUUGCUUCGAAGAUGGGUUUCUGCACCGCAAAGAGCGCGAUGACCACAUCAACCAGCAUAUGAGACCGUUCCGUUGUCCGGUUGAUGGUUGUUAUGCGACUAGUCUGGGCUUUGCAUCUCAGCUGCAGCUUCAACAGCAUGACAAACGGUAUCAUCCAGGACCAGAGGAGCCUCGAUUCUUCGUGUCUGAAACACCAAAAGAAUACAAGAAUGUGUGGGCCGCCAUUGCAGAGGGGGCCUUGGAGGCUGUUACUACGAUCAUUGACAAGGAAAUCAAGAGUUCGGGUUUCUUUGACUUUAGUAAAAGAUACCGAAGGGGAGGAGACUCUUUGGCAGGGACCACCGCCCUCGAGUGUGCCGUCAUGUUCGGAAACUUCGAUAUCUGCCAAUUGCUCCUUUCUAAAGGGGCAUCGCCAUUUGCCAAAGGAGCAUGGCCACUCGACCUGAAUCCGAAAUAUUCAUCCGCGUUGCAAAUCGCAAUCGAGGCCAACGAUGCCGACAUCAUGAGCAUGCUCAUCAGUCAUUUCCAAACUAAAGACAUCCAAAACGCGAUGGGUUCUGAGACGAAAAGCCUUCUUGAACAUGCAUGUGCGGAAACUCAGAAUGCAUUCAUGAACGCCCUAGAAUUUUAUCACCCCCAAAUUUUGCUCCCUUGUGAGUGGCUCAUGAAUGCUCUCAGACUCAAGCAACGCGAAUGUAUCAAAUUCUACUUCUUACGCCGAGACGGAACCCAUAGGAACAAAACUAUCCUUCCCCUUCCUCCGUCAAAGUACUACUACUUCCAAGAGACGCUAGAUUACCAAAUGACGGGCAACACGUUGUUGCGAUACAUCAUUAGAACAUCUGGAGAGUGUUUCCAGACUCUCCUAUCUUAUGAACAAGAAGACCUGGCCUUGAAGCAAAUUUUCUUCGAAGCCUGUGCCCUAGGGAAACAAAUUAUUUUAUCCCGCCUUCCGCCCAUGAAGCCAGAGCUUUCGGAAUGGUUUGGCUUCGAGGAGAAUUUGAGCUAUUUCAUCGAUCAUCAUGAAGUAAUCGAGAGCUCACAUCCAUUGGUACGGGUCAUCGAGCGAUUGAAACCUAGGAACGUCUGGAACAUCAUCGGCACACACAUCAGGUUCCUCCCCCUAGAACCUUGGCUCAGAGGCAUGAAUACGGGUGCCCUGAAAGAAAUGCUACAUGCUGACAACACUCUUCUUUUCAAGAAGAACGAUGCUGGUGCUACGCUCCUGCAUGGUUUUGUGAAUGCAAAAGAUCCUGAGAUGGUGAAAUUCAUCGCAUCGGUCGAAGGAGUAGAUCUGAAUGCCGCAACAUUGCUCCCGGUGAGGACUUUGUCGACAUAUGAGUCAGCGAGUCUUGUCAUGUAUCAACCAGAGGGGGUGCGACAUCAAGAAAUGCUAUCCGAGGGCGAGAAAGAAAUUUACGAACGUCAUGUGCGAGACUUGUGGGAGGCUCGGAACAAAGAACAUCUUUAUUCAAAUGGACAUGAAAAGGUAAAAAGGGAGAUAAUGGAGUUUUCUUGCAGGGUACGGGAGAACAUCACCGCCAAACAUCGAAUGAUGAGAGCCGCGGCAGUCACUCCAAUCAAAUUGGCAUUAUAUCAACACCCUCAAAACGAUGGAGACCCUGGGACGAUGCCUUGGGACGGCAGAGAAGUCACUCAGAUACUUCUCAGUACUGGGCGUAUCGACAUAUCCAGCGUUGGCGUCACCGACGAGCUCUCUCUUUUGAUUGCAGCGGCGGCAACUCGUGAGACCGACGUGAUGCGAGAUAUCAUUCAAAAGGGACACUCGAAGCUUUGCCCCACAGUCACCAAAGACGAAGCCCGAAGUCUCAUGGUGUGUUUACCUCAUAUUGCCAGCGAUCUCUUGGUCAUCUCUGCUUCUGGUUCGGGUGCCGAGAUCCUGAAAAGAGAACUGAGUAUGAUCAAGAAAUUGGAGGGCACAGGAACAUAUCCCUUGAUGGACUCCUUGAUUGGACACGAGGACUUUUUGAUGGCCAGGAAAUUGCUCAUGCGAAGGAGCGCCGAUGGCUCAAUUGGCUCGGCCGAACGAGAAGCUUUCAUCGAGCAUGCGGUCAAGAAUGAGGAUGUCGACCUCUUGCAAAGAUUACUGAAUGAAAGAGUUAUGAAUAUGGCAAUUUUCCGUAUUGCCGCCAAGGGAUCAGCAACCAUGUUCAAGGCAAUACCUCGAGAUGCGCAGACGAUCAAAGGGGCCACAAGGGAAGACGGAAUGACUUUGCUACAAGUUGCAAAGCUUCACGAGAACAAAAGUGUUCUAGAGUGGCUCUCAUUGCAGAAUAACUAG